GACAAAAUUAAAUCUUGCUUACAAUUGCUUUUUCUUCUUUCGUCCUGCAGAGUUUCUUCACAAUGCUUAUUUUCAUCACGAUUCGUCGACGUUAAUAUUCUAUCAUAAUAAACGUUUCUCGUGCAUACGUUGCAUACGUUUUCAUCAGAGAUAAUCAUAAUUAAGAAAAUUUGUAUGGGAAAUUAGGUUCUCGAUUAAAUUUUGAAAGUGAUUGAAUGAAUAGUAUGCCAUUCGUACGAAAUUAAAAGUACACGUAAGUACGUCAUCACGGUAACAUAAUACUUGGAUAAGUAUACGAAUGACGUUGUUACAAGGUUGUAAACAACAGUGAAACAGUGACUCUGGUGGAGAAAAGAAAGAAAAGUGCAUGAGUGCAUCUCUGGCCAUAAUAAUCUCAUAUUGUGUCAUCUGACAGUGGUUUAUUUUCCUGUACAUACAUCUGGAAAAUGUUCAUCGAUUGUAUACCUUGGUUCAGUUGCUUCAAAUGCGGUUCAACCUCCCCGGAAACUCCGAAGGUCUAUGGGUUAAGUUUCAAAGGGAGAGAGGAGGGUGGAACGAGUGGUGGUCACCGCGAACCCCGAUCAACGCCCGAUUGGGGUACUGGUGCACUUAAUGGAGAACAUCUUUGGGUACCGACCUCAGCUUCCGGCGACUUCUGUUACGUCAACGACUGUUCGAAACAUGGGCCCCGGAUGAAAUGCGCCGCCUGCCGAGUGGUCGCCCACGCGGUGUGCGCGGUGAGCCUAAAUUUCGCCUGUAAAUCGAGUUUCCGGGACGUUGGGGUCCGCCAGUACCGGGAACAGACAAACACGCAACACCACUGGGUACACCGCCGCUCCCAGAAGGGGAAAUGCGCGAAUUGCGGCAAGUCGUUCCAGUCGAAGCUUAGCUUCACCUCGAAGGAGAUCGUCGCUGUGAGUUGCAGCUGGUGCAAGCUCGCCUAUCACAACAAGGAGGCGUGCUUCAACGUUCAGAAGAUCGGCGAGAAUUGCGAGUUGGGCGUUCAUUCGUCCAUCAUUGUGCCGCCAUCUUGGAUCGUGAAGCUGCCCAGGAAGGGCAGCUUCAAGAGUAGCUUGAGGAAGUCGCCGAGGAAGAAGAAGUCUGGGGGCAGCAGCGGCAGCUCGUCGAGCAGAAAGAAGUCGAAGGAGAAGGAGAAAGAGGACAACAAGGACCAGGGGAAGUUGUGGGUGGUGAAACCCAUACCUACGCCCACUGUGAAACCCGUGCUGGUCUUCAUUAACCCGAAAUCGGGCGGUAAUCAAGGGGCGAAGCUGCUGCAGAAGUUCCAGUGGCUGCUGAAUCCGAGGCAGGUGUUCGAUCUGACGCAAGGCGGGCCGAAAAUGGGGUUGGAAUUGUUCAAAAAAGUUCCUAAUCUUCGAGUACUGGCGUGCGGUGGGGACGGUACAGUCGGCUGGGUGCUGUCCAUCCUGGAUCAAAUCGGCGCGUCCCCGCCCCCCGCGGUAGGCGUACUCCCCCUAGGAACGGGGAACGACCUGGCCAGGGCUCUAGGAUGGGGCGGCGGUUACACGGACGAGCCGAUCGGGAAAAUUUUAACGAACAUAGGGGAGAGCGAGACGGUGUUGCUGGACAGGUGGCAGUUGGUCGUCGAGAGGAAUCCCGAGGCGCAGGGCGACGACGAUAACGGGAAGGGAAAAGAGAAUCUACCUCUGAACGUUGUUAAUAAUUACUUCUCCCUCGGUGUGGAUGCCCAUAUCGCCCUCGAAUUUCACGAGGCUCGAGAGGCGCAUCCAGAGAGGUUCAAUUCACGGUUACGGAACAAAAUGUUUUACGGCCAAAUGGGGGGCAAGGAUCUCGUGCGACGAAAGUGGAAAGAUCUGUCGGAAUUCGUGAUGUUGGACUGCGACGGCCAAGAUUUGACACCGAAGCUGAAGGAGCAUCGUGUUCACGCCAUAGUUUUCUUGAACAUCGCCUCGUACGGCGGUGGAACGCACCCUUGGGGCAGCGCGAGCGGAACCAAAGAACCAUCGACGGAGGAUGGACUGAUCGAGGUCGUCGGUUUGACCACGUACCAGCUUCCCCUUCUUCAAGCAGGUGGCCACGGCACCUGCAUUGCCCAAUGCAGCACAGCCAAGCUGGUUACCACGAGGACCAUUCCAAUGCAGGUCGAUGGCGAGGCUUGUCGACUGCUACCAUCUAUCAUAAAUCUGAAGCUGCUAAAUAAGGCAACAAUGUUAGCGAAACGAAGAAGUUCGAGCAAACCGCAACAAGACGUCAAACUGGAGAGAUUAAAAUUGCCGGUGAUGAAGAUCAAGAUGUCGGAUUACGAGAGAUAUCAUCACGAUAAGGAUAUGUUAAAAAAGGCCGCUAUCACGUGGAUUAUGGAACCGCUUGAUCUUGACGCUACCACAGACUUGGAAUCUUUAAGAAAGAUCCUGGCAAAAGACUAUAACAUGGACACUUGUUGCUUCCUCGAUUCAUGCACCGCGGAACGAUUCUUCAGAAUCGAUAAAGCUCAAGAGCAACUCCAUUACGUGACCGAUGUAGCUGUCGAAACGGUGUACGUUCUCGAAGAGAACGCAAAUCAAUCGAACGAAUCUGAAGAAGCGAAGAUAUCUAUGACUCAAAAAUCGGAAACUGGCGUACCAUCGAGCGAAGAACAAGCAAAGAAAAAUGCAGCCAUGACAAAAGAGCAGCCCAAAGAAGAGCAAAAAGCGCAGCCCAACGAAGAGCCAAAGGCGCAGCCUAAAGAAGAAUCAAAAGCACAGCCAGAUACGCAGAGUGCAGCGCCUGAAACACCAGCUGACAAGACACAGGUCGUGACUCCGAAAUCUCAUGAACCGACGAGUAAUAACGCGUCUAAGGAUGUAUCUUCAAAUAUGAAAAAGGAGGGGAACAUAUCUGGAGACGCGACCAAACAAAGCAGUUCCUCAAAAUCGAUCUCUGCGACGGUUGCCUCUCAGUCGCAACAUCAAACACCACCCACCUUCAUUAGUCCACGAGAUAGACUCUUUGGUCUGAGUUCUGAGGUUCAUACUUUUAACACGGGAUUACUGGAGAAAACCAGUGACGGUAUUUUGAAAGCAGCGAAAAUAGGCGAUCUACAAGCUUUGAAGGAACUUCACGAGAAAGGAUAUUCCCUUCUGUCAAUCGAUUCCACUGGACAAACUGCUCUACACUUGGCCUCGAGAUAUGGUCAUAAAAAUAUUAUCAGAUAUCUCAUCGCUUGCGCACCACCGACUAUUCUCAAUAUGAUCGACAAUGACAAAGGUCAGACCGCUUUGCACAAAGCGGCUCAAUAUAAGCGUCGUUCCAUUUGCUGCAUGUUGGUAGCUGGUGGUGCUACUUUAAUCAUCAAGGAUCGACACGGCAACACACCUCGCGAUCUAGCCCUGCAAGCAGAGGACCGUGACCUCGCAGCAUAUUUAAGCAGUCAAGAGCAGUUCCAGCUGACAACGGAAGAAAUGGAGAACUCCCUCUGACCCCCGCCCUUAAUUAGUAGGGCUUGAAUUGAUCCAGUGUAGGAACAUGAAGAGAAAUGAUCCAGGUGUGAACGAACAACGAUCGUCACCAGCAACGGUCAUCCACACGACGCACGUUCGUUUUCUCUGUUCUUUGCGUAAGUCGCAUGUGAUAACUCGAUUAUUCCUUUUAUCGGCAAAUUAGCGAUGUCGACAUAUAUUUAUCAAGGUGCUCUCCAUUUCCUUUCUCGUCGAAGCUUCGAGAUCCCUUUCCAUCAGCAUGUAAAUUAAUUAUAUUCUGUAUAGAUAAAUUACAUAUACACGCGUGUACACGCGUCGUGUCGUUGAGGUUAGAAAUUUUUCGAUCGAUUAAGAGCCUCUAUAUACAUAUAUAUAUAUAUAUUUUUAAAUCGUAUCAGACGAGAAAAUUAUUUAUUACUGUCUUUCGAGUCUCGUCUUACCAACGAAGGAAUCACGUAAAUGUUUAUAUUCAUCGAUUUUUGUUGAAAUUAAUGUAAACAAUAAGAAAUGGCGAGAAGCAACACGCGUGCGGAUGAAAUUAUGAAAAGCAAAGGAAUUUUGCUCAUUCAAGGGAUGUUGCUGUUAUAAAAUCGUAUUCGUGAAUUUUAAAAAUAUGACAAAUUUUUAGUGAGAGAUUAAAGGAGAAUGGAUUAAUCGAAAAUUUAAUUAUAGUUGAAAAUCAUCAUAAAAGACUAAUCUUCACUGUAUUCUCCGUUUAUAUGAUUUUUAUUUUAUAUUUUUCUACGUUUCCAUUUCUAAAUAUUCGACAGAUUAUAUGUAAAUUAUCCCUAUGAAUUUGUAGUGUUGUUGUUCCAUGAUAACGUAUUAGACACAGUUUUUUACAUUUUUCGCGACUAGUGGCGCCAUCAUCUUUCUUAAAUGCGAAGGAUGCAUAAGUAUAUAUAGGCAUAGUUAGUGUUCACAGAGUUGGGCAGAAUUUUUUCGUUCCAGUUGUUUAGAUCAUUAUUGAGACUGUUAGGAUCGUUGAUUCACGUUAGAAAUUUGUUUUCAUGCACGUUGUGCACAUUGUUACGAUCGUUGUUCGAGUAAGAUUUUUUUUUCCUUUCGAAAAGCUUGUUCGUAUUCGAAGAGGCGGCGUAUUCGAAAAAUUUUGUUAAUAAUCGCGUGAUAAUCGGAGGAAGAGGAUGAGAUAUAUUUAUCGCCACGGUUAUUUGUUGAAUUUUAUCGAAGAGAAAGAAGUUCUAGUAUCCGACUCUGCUGGUAUCCAAGCGUUCACUUUAAUAUCUCGUUAUAUUGUUCUCUUCGCUUGUUCUCUAGGAUACCUCGUUGCAUUGGAUAUACAUAUCUUUUUCUAUAAAAAAAAAAGAAAAAAAGUCUCGCGUUAAUAUACAUAUAUAUAUUAUACAUAUACAUAUAUUUUCUACGUACGUUAAAUACUGAUAUAAUAUUUAUUGUUCUUAAGAUAAAAAAAGUUUCUUCACGAUGCUGUUUUUAUUCUUGUCCGUGAACAUUCGUUGCACUUCUUGCCACUGCUUGGAUGUGCAUGAAAAACACGUGUAUAUAUACGUAAUUUUACACACAAGAAAAAUGAAAUCAAACGAAGUUAUAUAAAAAAUCGGAUAGUUGGAAAAUACUUUCGAAUUUUCAUUCAUACAUGGGAUCGGUGUAAUAUAAUUUUAACGUGUUUGCACGAUCGUCUGAAAUAUAAUCGUUACGCGUAUUUUCGCAAGUCAUAUUUGUUAGAUCGAAAUAAAAUCACAGAAUUUUGAUGAAAAAAAAAAAAAAAAAGGAAAACAUCGAUUUAAAGAAGAAACUGUGCCAAUUAGUCGAUGAAUCGGUGGAAACUUAAAUCGCGUUUGCAUUGCUUCUUGAGUGUAAAAAAUAAUAUGCAUAUUUUUGCAAUGAUACAAAUUAAUAGAAAAAACAUAUUCAAUCUGUAAUACUUCAAACCAAGAAUCUUUAAUUCAAGAUACAUUUUUACGUAGCUAAUUUAUUUCCUUCGAAUUUCCUUGUAAUAUUUGAUUCUGUAUUUUUCGAUUCGAUAUCACAAAAAAUGAUAUUUCCUAAGAAUUCACGCAUGUAAACACGACUUAAGGUUUCCAUUAUCCAUUGCGAUACACCGAUUGCAUUAAAAAUUCGAAAGAAACGAAAUCUCCAAUGCACCAAGCAGUGAUGUUCACCACCUAUUUAAUAUUAAUCGAUUGAAAAGAAGUGAAAAGAGAAGCAGAGAUCGGAUGAAAAUCGGCGGUCCAUGAUAUAUAAGAAGGAUAAGAGAUCGGGAAGAAGAAUUAUCAUAACUCGGUACCAAAAUGAAAAAGGGGAUCAACGUACGAACACCAAUUAGAUCUUAAAAAAAGACGGUCUAUCGUCGCUUAUUAUUAUACUAUUACUAGACUAUUCUAAUUUUAUUGUCGAACUAUAUCGUAUAACGUAUACAUAGUUACUCCUUCGAGCAUUAUUCGUCCUAUGGAUAUGGUGAGAUCGUUUUUGAACAAAGUGGAGCCACAAUGAUACACAUAUAUAUAUAUAUACAUGUAGAUAUAUGCGAGGUAAGUUAUCCAUGUUGGACACUCGCGAAUCCAUGUUCACGAAUGUUUAACAUCAAAUACUCUCGACUCGAUUCGCGUUAGCGUUCAAAUAUUUUAAAUAACCACUUUGACAAAUUUAUCAUGGAUAAUAAUAGUUUCUUAUUUCAAGCGUAUCGUGUGUGUAUAUAUAUAUAUAUAUAUAUUAUAUAGAUAUAUAUAUUAUAUAAAUAUAUAUACUAUAUAUCUCUUUUUUCUCUUUUUUCUUCUCAAGGGAAUCAUCCCUCGUUUUCGUGAUUACAUAAUAACGAUCUACGAUAUUUUUAUUAUUAUUAAUAAAAGAGGGAGAAAAAAAUCGUGAUCCAAAGGAUUCACGAUUAUCCUUAAACGAUAAUUCAACGAUUUCACGAUCUAGUUGUAUAUAAUCAUGCAUAGCUCUCGGCUAAGGAGAAAACUCAACUUUUACUUAAUUAACCGACGUACGAUCGAUGUUCAGCGUAAUAAAAGAAGAAAAAGGUAAAAAGGAAAAAAAAAAAAAAAGAAUUCUCCACGAGUCUAGAAAAUUUUCGACUC